AUGCCGUCCUUCACAUCCAUCCACACAUCUACCGCAGACAUCACACCCGCCAUCCGCCACGCCCUCGCCUACAUCCCGCCCGCCCACCUCGACGCGCUCGUAUCCCUCGCUCUAGAAGCCACACAGCACGACCCCAGCAUCGACUUCCUCACCGCCGUCAAAGCCCUCUGGCGCUGCAACGCCCACAAUCCAAAUCUCUACCCUGUAAUGAGCGACGAACCGCGCGACCCUGAUCCCACAUCCACGCCCAACACGCACAGCGAAGUACCGCACGCGCAACUAGUCGCCCAACAACCCCAGACGCGACCCGCCCCCCACAACCAAGACAUCGACAUGCCCGACGCGCCCUCCUCAACCUCGCCCCAGCGCGCAGCCUGCCAGUCGAAUAAGCCCGUCCCCUCCGUUACACUCACACUCAAAGUCACCAUCGACCCCCAGCAGCAACAACAACACCGCGAAGUCGUCUACGCUGCGAUGCGCGACCGCACGUGCACGGGCGUGAGCUGGCAGCGGCGCGAGCAGCUCGCGCUCGCGCACGCGUACCUGCAGGCGUUCCAGUGGUGGCCGCAUGCGAAGAGUAGCGAGAGGCAGUGUGAGGGGUUUCUAAUGAAGUAUUGUAAUCAUUGA